AUGACAAAAAGAAAAAUGGUGCAGUACCAGAAGCUGCCCACGUCGGAUAAGUCGAGUCCAAGAAGAGGACAGACUUCAGGCCGCAGGGGAGGAAGUUCAUCUGAAAUGUCAUCUCAGAAGAAGUGCAUGAUUGUCACUGGACUUCUUGUAGCAAUCACAUUUUUAGCUGGAUAUACUUAUAACAUUAUGCAGGAGCAUGCGUAUGCGAUUGUAAUUGAUGCAGGCAGCACUGGAACUAGGCUAAAUGCUUUCAAUUUCAAAAAAUCAUUAUUAACUGGAAGUUACGAGUUGACUAAUGAUCUAUUUGUCGAAAUCAAGCCUGGUCUCUCAUCCUUUGCUGAUGACCCCAAAAAGGGGGCUGAUACUAUUUUAGAACUCUUAUCUCAUUCCAAGUUGCAAUUGGUUAUUCCACCCUCAGAGUGGGCACUCACGCCAUUGGCUCUGAAAGCUACUGCUGGACUCCGCCUUUUACCAGAGAAGCAAGCUCAGGCUCUUUUGGAUGCAGUGAAGGCUGUGCUGGCAGACCUCCCUUUCUACACCAAUGAAAACUCUGUGUCUAUCAUGGAGGGAGUGGAUGAAGGAAUUUUCUCCUGGUUUACCAUUAACUUCCUUACAAACAGCUUAAGUGGCAGUGUUAGAGAUACAGCUGCUGCAAUUGAUAUGGGAGGUGGCUCUACGCAGAUCACAUUUGCGGCUGAACCGACCUCUCCCCUUUGGCAGACCAGCCGUCAGUUCCUUCAUCCAGUUACUGCAUUCCACCAAAAUUUAACGGUUUACACUCACAGCUACCUGGGUAUGGGCUUAAUGGCUGCUCGUAUGGCCAUUCUGUCAGUUGGAAAUGCUGAAGGUUCCACUGUCUUAAAGAGUGCAUGUAUGCAUCCCAUAAUAAAGAAGGAAUGGACUUACAACAGGGUCACCUAUACUGUACAGGGUUUGGAUGAUUCAUCAGGCCGAGAUCAUAUAAAGGAGUAUGCUUGCCAAGAUCUAGUGCGGUCCUACAUCAAAGGCAAGGUUGACAAGCCAGAGGAGCUCAAGCAUCAUGCCAAAAUUAAUGCCAUCUCUUACUUCUUUGACCGGGCAACAGAGUUUGGCAUUAUUGAUCCGUUUGAAGGAGGGCGUGUUAAAGUUAAAGCAUUCAAACAGGCGGCCUCCGAAAGUUGCCGUCAACCAAAUGCUGACCAGCCCUUCAUGUGCCUCGAUAUGCUCUUCAUCCAUUCUUUGUUGACUGAUGAUGGCUUUGGACUUACAGAGGAUUCAUCUAUCGAUUUAUACAAGAAAAUAGACAACCAUGAACUCAGUUGGGCUUUGGGUGCAGCUUUCCAUAUACUCCAAAAUGGUGUUUAAAUGCACUAAAAAACUGUUAAUGGGAUAUUCUUGUCAUUAUGGAUUCCUAUGCUCACGAGUACGUGAUUUUUUUUUUUUUUUUUUGAGUGUUUCUAGCUCACUGUAGCUGCACUGUAGUGUACUAAUGACAAGGCUAAGCCCAUACCCAUUGAUGAUUUUGUUUUUCAUUUACUGUUGGGCUGUGUGAUCCUUCAUAUUGAAGGUGAGGUGUAGAAAAUGUUAAUGCACGAAUCAAAAAGAAAGCAUUGUAUGGCAUGUGCGAUGGUAUGCACAUUCUAGUACUUGUUUGUGUAGAAUUACAGGGUGGUCGAUUGAAAUGUACAAUUUUCUUACAAAGUAUUUUUCAUACUGGCAUAUUUUAUCUGACAAGAUUGUUUGUAAAAUGGAAUUGGUGUCUUAAAAGUCUCUUUUCACUACUGUGUGUGCACUGACUUUAUGCUAUGUUACUAAAGUUGACUGUUGAUUUUUUAACUCAUCAAUCAUAUGAUGAUGUGUUUUUUAUCUUAGGAAAAUGUUGAUGUGAUUUUUCAAUGGGAUAGAUUUUACCAAAUGUUGAUCAAGUAUUUAUGAAAAAAUAAUGCAUCUUUCCUUUUAAGCCCAAAAACCCAUGUUUUUUCAUGUUAGAUGCAGUAACAGUAUUGAUUCAUUCAUUUUUUUUAUUAUUAUAGGUGGUCCAUGUUACUUUUUGAAUGAAUGUUAAGUCUGUUUUUGUUGCUUGUGUGAUAAAUUACACAGGGAAGGUACUUUACUUUGGUUGUUUCAUCUGUGAUUAAUGGGCAAUUGUGUGUUCUAGUGUAAGAAUCUUUUUUUCUUUCCUUUUUACUUUUGUAGUACUCAGUUUUCACAUCUCCAGGUUCUUUUAAACAAGCAACUUUUUUAAAAUAUAGAAAUAGCUUCUGAUCUCGUCCUUAGCACAAGUCUUCACUUGUGAAUUGAAGACUUCCCAUCAGUGGAAUAGUUAUUACUCCCCUUAAAGUUUUGUUUUUGAAUUUCAUGUUUACUACUUUCGUGUUACUACAAACGUGUUUCCUAUGUUUCUGGGGGCCUUGUACAAAUAAAUUAUUAUAAAAUGGUC